AUGCUGGCGCUGCUUCUUCUCAUCACCUUACUGCACAGUCCUGCCUGUCUGUCAGUGACAGUGAGUAGUAGUAAACCCAGAGUGGAGGUCCAUGAACACACAGACGCUGUGCUUGCCUGUGAGUUCAGGACAGAGAAAGAUCAGAACCCUCGAAUCGAGUGGAAGAAGAAAGGGAAGGGGGUGACAUUCGUUUACUUUGAUCAUAAAUUUACUGGGUCUUAUAAGCAACGGGCCACGAUAGAGGGAGCAACACUGACGAUACACUCUGUCACGCAGAAAGACUCAGGGGAGUAUCGCUGUGAGGUGACGGCCAGCGAGGACCACGUCACCUUCGGAGAGGCGACUGUAAUCCUCAAUGUGCUCGUGCCUCCUCAUGUCCCGUCCUGCGAAGUGCCGAGCUCCGUGUUUGUCAGCGCGGACUUGGACCUUCUCUGUAAAGACAAGCUCAGUGUGCCGCCUGCUACCUACCGAUGGUACAAAGACAACAAGGCCCUGACGGCCACAGCAGAUACUCCAUUCAGCAUCGACACACACAAAGGCACACUGAAGUUUAAAAGUGUGUCCAAAAUGGAUUCAGGGAUGUACCGCUGCGAGUCCUCCAACAGUGUUGGGGCACCCAAGAGCUGUGUGGCACAACAACUUAAAGUCAUUGAUUAUCCUUUGAAUAUGACGAUUCUGAUAGCAGGUGCUGUAGGUUUUCUGUUGCUCAUCUUCUUCUGCUGCAUCUGUGUGUGCGUCUGCCGACGUCGGGGUUGCUGCAAGAAGGGAAAGAAAACAAAAAGCACAAAGUCCUACAACCCUCCUCCUCCUCCCACCCGCAAUCUCAAGAAGUACAAACAAACUCAGUCGUUCAUGAUCUGA